AUGCGCCCCAAGACCGCCGCUUCGGCCCACCACUCGGACCCUCGCACUGCUCCCGAUCAACCCACUCCACCCGGGAACUCGGCCUCUCCAGCUGUGGUCUCGGAGGCAGGCUGGACGAGCUCGCUGCGAACGAUGCUGAACCCGUCCACGCCCGCCGCGAUCCUCACCGACCUCGCACCCCAGAUAUUCCACGCCACACCCUUCAUAGGUCCUCGAUCGAGCUUGUACGACUCCUCCGCGUCGACCUCCUCCUCCUCCUCCUCCUCCUCGGCGUUGAGCUCGACUUCCCGCAUCCGCUCCCGGCUCGGUUUGGGAUGGUCCUCGACCCCCGCUUUCGCUCCUCACGCGAGUACGUCGCUCUACAUUCGCGAAAAAGUCGACGACCUCUUGAGGCUCGAAGUCCCCGCCAGUCCAUUCGAUCUAUCAACUUCGGACGCUUUCUCCACCGCGAACUCGACCUGCAACUCGAAACGAACCAUCCACGCCGCGCAGUCGGCCCCAGACCUCGCCGUCCCCCUGUUCCGAGGCUUCCAAGCGACCGCGCCUGCCGCCCGAUCCGCACGCCAAGAACGACGACGACGACGAGCCGGCUUGGGCGAGAUCGCGUUGGGCUUGGAGAAUAUCAAAUUGGGGCUCAAGGAUAGGGGUCAACAAGCCCGCGGGAUCCUGAGCGAUGAAGCGUCUUCGACUUUGGCUUCGGCUUCGGCCGCCGCUCAGGCCGAUCAGGUUCAGCUGUUGCGCAAGAGGAGGAGCGCGAGGAGGAGUGAGGUCUUGCAGCUCAGGGGGAGGAGCUCCAGUGCUCGCUACGAUCCUGCUGCGGUGGGCGAAGUACAUGCACAGGAGAAUGCGCCGGUGAUGACUGCGGACGAACUCGAAGCCGAUUCGCGCGCCGUCGAAGAGGAUAUGGGCAACGUCGCCGUACGCAGGGUGAGUGCUACAGCACAGUCGAAUAUCAAGGGACAGGGGGUCAUGGCCCUGAUCCUCGCAUCUGACACACCCACAGUCACUCUUGAAUGCGCAAAUCCUCGAGAUUGACGAAAAAAUGGCCGCGCUCGAUUCGAUCAGGGAGGAACUCAAGCGCAGUUUGCUCUUUUUGAGGGAGGAGGAACUCGAGUUGCAGGAUGAGUGUGCGUUGACCAGAGGGGAGCAGGUGAAUCGGACAACGUACUGAUUGCGACAUCAGACCACCCACAGUCGACGGUCUCCGCGAACGGAUGAACAGCCAGACCAAGACGGCAACGACGACGACGACCUCGCGACGGAGGAAAGGGCCGGCGUUCCUGCCAGGAGAACAUGAUGACCUACCGAGUGGCGUCGCUUUCAUGGUGAGUUGCCCGGCUAGGGUAAGCGGGUGCAUGGACGAUCACUGACGUCGGUGAUGCGUCUGGCAGACCUUGAGCGGACACCUAGGGCCCGUCUCGGCGCUCGACUUUUCCGAGCCGUACGGCGUCGCCGUCAGCGCGAGUCAGGACGAGACCGUACGCUUGUGGGACUUGAGCACCGGUGACGAAAUGGGACAAUUGCGUGGACACCAAGGUAAGAAACCGGGGUCCAUGUGCCGCGUGCGUAGCCCAGCUGGAGUGGAUCCCAUUCCUGAGUUGAUUAUACCCUCCUACAGGCGUCGUCAAAGCCCUCCAGGUCGAAGCAUCCGUCUGCAUCACCGGCGGCUCGGACGGCCAAGUGCGCAUCUGGAACGUUGACGAGGUUGAGGACCUCCUCACCUCUCCCAACGGACUGGGCGAAAACGAAGACGACGGAGGCGUACCUUCCUUCGAGAAAGUUUUCCUCGGUCGGGCGAAUGGGUACGUGGGGGGAAGGGAAGCUUUGGGUACGUUGAGUGAGAGUGUGAAUGGGGAAGAGGGUGGCGAGGCGAGGGAGGAACAACAUUCGGGGGCGUGCGUCAAGGUGUUGGAUGGGCAUACCAAGGCGGUGACGAGUUUGUACUUUGAUGGACCUUGUCUCGUGAGUCGUCCGGGAGCUAUUCAGUCUCUACGGGGAGUAGGUGCAUUGAACCGGGACGUGUCCCCAUGAGCACAGGUCACCGGUUCGUCAGACAGCACUUUACGCCAAUGGGACAUCCACACCGGCCAAAACGUCAUGACCAUGGACGUACUCUGGGCUAUUUCCAACCCUUCCCCGCUCGACAACCUCGACCCUUCAGAACCCUACUCGACCCCUGCCUCCUCCCCUCGCAAAUCCCUCGCCGCUCUCCGAAGGCAUUCAAGUACCUCCGGGACGGCCUUAUCAUUCUCGGGCUAUCCUUCCAGUCCGGCCACGACGAAUUACGCGGAUGGCAGUUUCGAACCUUACGAGGACUUUGUGGGGGGAGUGCAGUUUUGGGGUUAUGCGUUGGCGAGCGGGACCGCGGAUGGGUGUGUGAGGAUGUGGGAUAUGCGCACAGGGCAAUCGCAUCGCACGCUGGUGGGACAUACGGGACCCGUUUCGUGCGUGCAGUUUGACGAACACCAUCUCGUCAGUGGGAGUCUGGACAAGACCGUCAGGGUAAGCUUGGCGUCGAUUUUGAGAGGAGCAAAGGAACUAUAGAGGAACGAGCAUGAUCCUGAUCGACACGUUCUUUCGUUCAGAUCUGGGACAUUCGCACGGGCUCCAUCUCGGACACGAUUCGCUACGAUUACCCCAUCACGUCGUUGCAGUUCGACAGUCGCAAGAUCGUCGCUGCUGCGGGGGAGAACGGCAUUCGAGUGAGUUGCCGAAGCGCCGAGUGGCGAUUGCAAGUCCUCGGCAAAAACUGAUCCUCUCGACUUGGUGUCGAUGCGACAGGUCUUCAACCGGACAACGUUGCAACACACGGCCUUGACGUUGAAUGGACAUACGAGACCGGCGGAGAGGUUGAGGUUCAUGGAUAGUUAUCUCAUGUCGGGAGGGAGGGAUCAUACGGUCAAGGUGUGGAAGAUGUAG